AUGCUAAGCGGACCAGAGGGACGCUACCCGCCAAUCGAAAAGCUGGCACUGGAGCUCGUCCUGUCAGCGCGAAAGCUCCGCCCUUACUUCCAGGCCCACCCGAUAGAGGUAAUAACUGACCGGCCGCUUCGGCUCGUUCUGUCUAAAUUCGACGUUGCAGGGCGCCUCCUCAAAUGGGCAGUGGAGCUCAGCGAGCAUGACAUACAGUACACGCCUCGGACCGCCAUUAAAGCCCAGUCCGUGGCAGACUUUAUCGCGGAGCUGACCCCGAGUACAGGCGAAGGACUCGAGCCACCGCGUGACACGUGGACUCUCCACGUAGACGGGUCAGCCAACGCAAAGGGCGCCGGCGCAGGGCUGGUGCUGGUGACACCUGACGGCCGCUCGAUUGAGCGCUCCUUCCGUUUCGGGUUCAGGGCCACCAACAACGAAGCAGAAUACAAGGCUCUCCUGGCGGGGCUCCGAUUGGCACUGGAGAUGCGGGUGACCGACAUACGCGUAAUCACCGACUCACAGCUGGUGGCUAGGCAGCUCGACGGCGAAUACGAAGCCCGGGACUCGACCAUGGCGAAAUACUUGGCACAGGUAAAAAACCUUGCCACCAAGUUCGUCCAUUUUGAAUUGUCGAAUGUUCCUAGGAGCGAGAACCAGCGAGCCGACACCCUGGCAAAACUGGCGUCCGGCUCGGCCCCCAGGGCUCGACCCGAGACCGAAGAGCUCCCCCACCGAGCCAUAGAGGUCGUCGCUACAGUCACGGAUGGCGCGCCGGCCACUUGGGUACAAGAGAUGCUACGCUUCAAGCGAGACGGAACCCUACCCGACGACGAAAUAGCGGCUCGACGCUUGCGUCGGACGCAGGCAUGGUACUCUGAAGAAGGAGGACGGUUGUACAAGCGGUCUUUCUCACGCCCCUUGCUACGCUGCCUAGAGCCGAACGAAGCCCGGACUGUGCUGUCCGACAUGCAUGAAGGGGCCUGCGGGGAACAUAUAGGCGAACGAGCCCUGGCGCACAAGAUACUUCGACAGGGGUAUUACUGGCCGACCAUGCGCCAGGACGCGAAAGCUUUCGUGCGGCGAUGCAGCUCAUGCCAGGAGCACGCCCGCAUCGCCCGACAGCCGGCGGUCCUGUUCACCCCCGUCGAUUGUGCUUGGCCAUUCGCGCAGUGGGGGCUGGACAUACUCGGGCCUCUCCCACCCGCCUCCGGCCAGCGGAAGUACAUCAUCGUAGGAGUGGACUACUUUACCAGGUGGGUCGAAGCCGAGCCCCUAGCCACCAUUACGGAGUCACAAGUGGAAAGGUUCGUGUGGAGAAACCUCAUAACUCGGUUUGGCCUGCCCCAGUCCAUCGUCACCGACAAUGGACCUCAAUUCGCCGGCAGGAGGUUCCAAGAGUUUUGCGCUGAGCACAAAAUUCAGCUGAGAUUCAGCUCGGUGGCUUACCCCCAGGCAAACGGGCUAGCUGAAGUAACCAACCGGUCUAUCGUCGACGGUCUCAAGAGGAGGGUGUCCGCUACCCGAUCGGCUUGGAUCGAAGAGCUCCCGAGCGUCCUGUGGGCGCUGCGCACUACCCCCAAGACCCCGACCGGGGAGUCUCCCUACAGCCUCACGUUCGGGACCGAGGCUGUAUUACCAUCCGAAGUAGCCGUCCCAACUCCGCGGACAGCAGGCUACAGCGAAGAGGCCUCGUGUGAAGGACUCCGAUCCAACCUGGAUCUGCUCGAGGAAAGACGGGCCAGCGCACACCAGAAAGCUCUUUCUUACAAAAGAGCCAUGGCAAGGGUCUACAAUCGGAGGGUGCGACCCCGGUCGAUAAAGAUUGAGGACCUGGUCCUGCGCAAAAUCGAGAUCCACGGGAUGGGAGGCAAAGGGAUCCCUUUCCACCUCGGAGCCAGGAGGGCAUGA